CUCUGAACCUCAUCAAACCACACCUUCGGCCGCCGCAACACCAUCAUACAUUCACAAUGCCUCUCCAAAUAUUAGGACGCCUCGCCCGGCCAUCCAUUCUCCACCGCUACACCCCUCCAUCACCGCGGAGCACGCCGCAAUCCCUCCUCGCUCUCCACAAUGUCACCGCACCAUCCCAAACCCCAUUGUCAACACGCAACUUCUCCGCCUCGCAAUCCCGGCCCAAAAUGACCCUCAUCCAAGUCAUCCGCAAAGGCCGAAACCCCAAACCGCCGCGAAAACUGCGCUCGCCGGCGCUGGCCAAUCGACCGGAGAUGAAGGGCGUAUGUCUGAAGGUGUCGACUACGAAGCCGAAGAAGCCGAAUUCGGGGGAGAGGAAGAUUGCGAGGGUGAGGCUGAGUAGUGGGAAGGUGGUUACGGCGUAUAUCCCUGGUGAAGGACAUAAUGUACAGCAGCAUUCAGUAGUCAUGGUUCGUGGUGGUCGUGCACAGGAUUGCCCCGGUGUGAAAUACCAUCUGGUUAGGGGAGCAUUGGAUCUGGGUGGUGUCGCAAACCGCAUUACGUCGCGGUCGAAAUACGGAACGAAGAAGCCGAAGCAGAACGCAUGAUCUGGAGUGAUGAUGCAAGCUUUGGAGACAUGUAUAUUAUAUCUUCCUGCAUACGAGGCGUUGAGCACUCGGAAGGGCUUUUGGGCUUUGUAAAGAGAUAGCUUGUGUAAAAGAUUGGAAUUCAGAAAGGUAGCCUCGUUGGGCAUUAUGGCAAACGAGCGGAGCCGAUGCGCUAAUCGGAUAGGCACUCUCUCUGCGUAUUUAGGAUAUAUUACCUAUGGACAUCAGCAUGUUCCUUUCUCC